AUGUCACAUUUUCAGCUUUCUUGGGUGAAGACCUGUGCGGAGUCUCUCUGGAUGAAAUGCUUCCAUGCGGGUGCUGAGGAGAACCAAGGUCUGGUGGUGAGGGAUGAGCUGGCUCACACGUAUGGAGACGUUUGCAGGUGUGACUCUCAGGCUUCCAAUCCUGAAAGUCCGGCUGCAUUUCGCUCAGACAGUUCCUGUGAGGACGGCGCUCACAGCACACGGCCGAAAAUCACAACUUGGGAGGCGGGUUGGAAUGUCACCAAUGCCAUACAGGGUAUCUUUGUGCUGGGUCUGCCCUACGCCCUGCUGCAGAGUGGGUACAUGGGUCUGCUGUUGCUGGUGUUAGCCGCACUCAUCUGUAGCUACACUGGAAAGAUCCUGGUGUCCUGCCUAUAUGAAGAGGACGAGAAUGGCCACUCGGUUCGCGUCAGACGCACCUAUGAGGACAUCGCUACUGCCUGCUGCAGACACAUCUGCCCUUACAUCGGGGGCAAGGUGGUGAACGCCGCGCAGGUGGUGGAACUGGUGAUGACGUGCAUCCUAUACUUGGUUGUCAGUAGUAACCUGAUGUGCCACAGCCUGUUUUUCCUGCCUCUGACCCCGGCGGCCUGCUCCGCCAUCACCUUUUUCAUCCUGGUGCCCUGCAUGCUGAUCCGUGACCUGCGGGUGCUGUCGCAUCUGAGCCUCUUCUGCUCGCUGGCUCAGUUCUUCAUCACCUUCAUUGUGAUUGGCUACUGCCUCCGUCAGUCGUCGCAGUGGGCCAGUAGGAGGUUGAGUGCGGUAAUGGUGGACUUUGAUGGCUUCCAGGUUGCAGUGGGGGUGAUUAUAUUUAGCUACACAUCACAGAUUUAUCUGCCUACGUUGGAGGAGAGCAUGACCGACAGGCUAGACUUCAACAGCAUGAUAGACUGGACUCACAUUCUGGCCUGCGUACUGAAAACAGCGUUAUCUGUGGUGGCCUUCCUCACAUGGGGAGAGGAAACCAAAGAGGUGAUAACAGAUAACCUGCCCACCGCUUUGCGGAUGGUGGUGAACCUGUGUCUGCUGGCAAAGGCUCUCCUCUCGUACCCUCUGCCAUUCUACGCCGCAGCAGAGAUACUGCAGACAGGCGUCCUGAAACUCAACUCAUCUGCAGAAGGAUCAGAGCGGGGGACGCUGCUCCUGCGUGGAUCUCUCCUCUUCCUCACCCUCAUCAUGGCACUGUGCGUGCCUCAUUUCUCUCUCCUCAUGGGCCUCACAGGCAGCGUGACCGGGGCGGCCAUGACGCUUCUGCUCCCAGCGCUCUUCCACCUGCAGCUGAAAUGGACUCAGCUGGGCGUGAGCCGCAGGAUUCUGGACCUGCUGAUAUUACUGCUGGGCUGUUUCUGCAGCAUCUCCGGGGUUAUAUGUUCCAUCAAAGGAAUGAUAACAGCCUUUGAGGACAAAUAG